UUGGCAACACACACCUAACCCCCUAACCCUAGCGACGGCUCUAACAAGCGGUGGAUCGCUGGAUCCAUGCAUAGGCCGCAAUGAUCGGUGACGACUCUGUUGACCCUACCUGUACACCUCUAUAUUACACAGCAACUGCAGGACAGGUGCCAUGCAAUACUUCGCAAGACACAGGAGGCGAGGGUGAUGCCCAACGGGGACCCAACAAAUCACAAACAGCUCCUGGCACGUCCCGUGCAGAAGAUGACUACUCAUCGUACGACAUCAUCAAAGCUACGCAGUACGGAAUUUUUGACCGGUGUCGUCACAUCAUCGAGGAAGAAGGUUACGACGUCAACCGGCCUGAUGCUGAGAACGUCACACUCCUCCAUUGGGCUGCCAUCAACAACCGCAGAGAGAUCGUCAACUACUAUAUCUCGAAAGGAGCCGUUGUCGACGCAAUUGGUGGGGAGUUGAUGUCCUCGCCUUUACACUGGGCCACUCGACAAGGUCACUUGGGAAUGGUAGUGCUUCUGCUGCAACAUGGAGCUGACCCUUCUGUGGUUGAUGGUGAAGGUUGCAGCUGCAUACACCUGGCGGCCCAGUUCGGCCAUACAGCCAUUGUCGCCUAUCUCGUAGCCAAGGGCCAGCCAGUCAACCUAACAGAUUCCAACGGCAUGACAGCACUUAUGUGGUCUGCGUACAGGGUUAUGACGAGCGACCCAACGAGACUGCUAAUAACGCUUGGUGCUAGUCUCACCAUGACUGACACAUUUCAUCGGAAUACCCCUUUGCAUUGGGCUGUCUAUGUACGGAACAACAAUGCUGUCUCUCUGCUGGUCAAGGCUGGUUCAAACUUGUUUGCCAAAAAUGCCCAGGGUGACACGCCCAAGAUGAUGGCGCAAAAGUUGAAGUCUUUGUGGCUGGAAAAACGGCUAGAAGAGGCUGAGGCGGUUAAAAAAGUCUCCCAAAUGAACUUUUUCGUGCGCAUCAUCCGAGACAAGAGCUUGAAGUACUGGGCGAUGUUCUGUUCCCCAUUCCUGGCAUUUUAUGUGGUGGGAGCAAUACUUGAUUGCCCGGAAUCAAGUCUAGUCAAACUCUGUUUGUUAUUGGUCACAGGCUUUGUCACAGCUGUAGUCUCAAGGUUUUUAUUUGACGAACGCCUGAUGGAUGUCUUGCCUAUGUCUGUAUACCUGUCAACCAAGUUCUGGAUGUAUGUGACAUGGUUCACCGAUCUGUGGCCUUAUGUGGGUGACCUGUGGACAAGUGUACUGUUUAGCCUGAGCACAUUACCUCUCUUCUAUUAUUUCUUCAAAGCUUGGAAGUCAGAUCCUGGUGUCAUUUAUGCUAACCAGCAGGAGAAGCACAGGACCAUUGUAGAGCUGGCAGAACGUGACGGCUUCGACCCUACACUCUUCUGUAGCACCUGCUUGGUCCGAAGGCCAUUACGGUCGAAGCAUUGCUCGGUCUGCAAUCGAUGUGUCGCACGUUUCGACCAUCACUGCCCGUGGGUCGGAAACUGUGUGGGCUCUGGGAAUCACGUUUAUUUUGUCAACUACUUAGUAUUCCUCCUCGUCAUGCUAUGCUGGAGCUGGUAUGGAUGCAUAACCUUCUGGCGAAACAAGCUGAACCAAGUGGAAGAUCCUGCAGCCCGAACUGUGUGGUUAGCGCUGACAACGACGAGCGGGUGGAUUGCGUGGGUGGCAGCCAAUACUCUGCUCCACAGUACAUGGGUUGCCUGCCUGCUCGUGUGCCAACUCUAUCAGAUCGUCUGGCUGGCGAUGACGACCAACGAGCGCAUGAACUGCACACGCUACGCGCAUUUCAGGAGAAAUAAUUCUGGACGCAUGGUUAGCCCGUUUGACAUGGGAUUUCGCAAGAACUUACUGGACUUCUGCGAGUGGCGCUGUCUUGGGGCAAGGCCUAGAGACUGGCGAUCGGUGUACGACACAGAAGAUGAGGACGACCAGAAAAAACUGCUGCGAUACGUGUGAUGCACCACUUGGGUUUGGUAGUGGACUGCUGUGUGCUUCAACACGUACCUAGGGUUUUGCUGUGAUCACCCGGGUGGCAGCAUCAGUACCACAACUCCUUCAUGUGUAUUGUGAACUGGACUGAGCUUCUUGUACAUAACACUUCAAGACUUUGUUCAUGUGCGUGUGUGUCUGCGUGUGAUUGAACGAGUCUCUUGUGCAAUCUCUGAGCAGCCUGAGUGUCUUGCACUUUGCGUUUCCAGAAGUCCUGUGUAAUGAGGAACAUAGUUCUUUGUCACUGUGGAGUAUGGUAAACAAGAUACUACAUUUAAACCCUGUUCUCUUUUUUUUUCUUUUUAAGUUAGGGAUUGCUUAUGACCUUCAAAAUGAAGCACUUUGAUUGCUACAUAAUUUGAAUUGUAAUACAUAAGCUUCAGUCCUACUGCUACUUAAGAAAUCAGUUCUGUCUGAGGUUGUGAAUUUUCUACAGUACCACCCUAACAAGUCAUGGAUUGCACCUGCCAAGCAUCGUUCAACAAAUAGACGUCCAUCGUGUUUGUUGGAUGCAUAGAUUGAAAGACACGGUGUAUUAUUAUAUCAAUGAUAUAUACGUUUAAGGUAUGGGCAUUACGAAUGUGUACUGAAAGAUAGUUUUAACAUUAAUGGCCAAAGAAACAAUUUUUAUGCUCAAAGCUCAUUCUGUAUUGUUCAUCAGCUAGAGAUUUUGUCAGUUAGGUUUUUCACACAUACAUGUAAUUGAAACGCAUUAAUAGUUAAUCAAUUUAAUUGGGAUUUCUGACGGGGCUGAUAUAAGAAAUUCUGCUCAUCUAGGGAGUGCGACAAUGGUUUUCAAUAAUAGUUUCCAAUAACAGACAAGAACUGAAAGCAAUGUGUGGCACAAUGUGCAGUCAUGUCAUUGCCCCCUAUCUUAUAUAAUCUAAUUGUCAUCUUCAUCCCGUUCUACCACAUUAUAGCACACCGUGUCUGUCCGUACCAUGACAUGCAAGUUAGACAUGCAUUAUGAUCGUAUUACAUCCAUUAUGAUUGCACAAUGACAACAAUGUGCAAAAUACAAAUAUGUGGUAUAGAUCCAGAUGCAGAAUAAUGGAGCAUCGUUAUGAUAAUCUUCUAUAAAUCAUACUUGUAAUGUACCUGGACAGCACAUUUGGAAACUGAAAGUGAAGAAAGGCACUGAUUCUGUAAAUUUUGGAUUUUGCACUGCAGUUGCACAUUGUAACAACAAAUUACAAAUUUGGCUGUACACAAAAUGAAAUACACAUAUGCAUCUGUCUUUGCAGUUCUUUGCAAUCCCAUACAGUUUGUCAGCCCACGGUUGUGACAUUAUGCGACCGAUAAUUGGUACCCAAUUAAUACUUCCCGUAUUUGUGUUAGAUUAGGCAAUACUUUUCCCUCCUUCUCUUCCUAAUUACAUGUAAUAAUGGUAGAGUUAACUCAUAACACAAAUACAUUACACAGGCAGGUAUGCACAUAAAAACCAAAUGUACUUUGUGGAGUUGAGUCGAUACAGUGGCAUAGCCAGGGGGGGGGGGGGGGGUGCAAGCCCACCCACGAAAUUGUACCUUUCAUAGUGCAUUUGGGAGAGGGAAAACAAGUAAAUUCUCCCCCCCAUGUAAAGCUCCCUUAGACGCCAUCUUGAAAUAUUUUUCUGGCUACGCUGCUAAGUCGGUGUAUUGACGGGAGUGGUUGUACAUAUCGUGUUUCACUUAUCUCAACAUUCUCAGGUUUGGCUGAAAAAUAUGCAGCCUAUAAUUUCCAACCAAAGAAAUGCACUUUCUCCUGUGGCCAUUGUGAGAAUCAACUACCCUUUAAUAAGUUGGGAUGACCAGAAGUAACAUUUUAAAAUGGUUGCAUAAGGCUUAACAUUAGUAGAUUGAUAUAGUGAGCAAUCUGAAUCUGAGUCAAUGAUUCUGCUGCUAUUUAAUGUGCAUAUCAUUAUGGAAACAGAGCUUGGUACCCCAUCAAGAGAUGGUUUACUAAUGGCAUGUAAUGUGAUACAACAAUGCCGAAACCACUCUUCUAACAUGCUGCGAUGCAAAUGUUGGAAAUUAUGACACAUUUUAUUUCAAUACUCAUUAGUAAUGAGCGUUAUAAUUUACGUUUUAGUCGUAUAAAUGUGUUGAUGCCAUUUGCAAGGGCCAGACAGGAUUGCAGGAUUACGUAUUGUCAGAAUUGUGGUCUGCAAGGAAAUCAGAAAUCCUGUAGAAGUAGGUUGAAAAGUACAGUGUUUUAGGUGUAGGUAUGUCUAGCAUGGCGUAGUUAAGCUGGGCCUUCGAGUACCGAUGGAACGUGAAUGCAUCCAUUCUACUAUAUUUGUGUGUCAUGCAGAGUAUCUUUGCCAUAAAGGCAGUAUGUAAUACAAAAGUGUUCUAUGCACUUGCAUGGAUCUCCUGAAGUGUGAUAGGUUUACAUGUCACGGUCACUCAGUAGCAGAUUUUACGUGUCAGCAUGAAUGUGGUAUGUGAGAGAGAAUACCCAUUUCACCGAUAUAUUGGGGAAUCAUAACCAGGGUUCCGGGUUUUCGGAGUUUAAUUUUUGGCAUAUUCGGAGGUCGUUUUUCGGAGUUUAUUAUGUUUACCAAGGAUUCAGAGCUUUUAGUCUUUUAUUUAUCAUAUCUCCGUUAAAGAGGCGGUCACAUCCGCAAACCCAUCUACGAAACCGGUACCACUGUACCAUCGGCCAACAGUCUUCCCGGCUAAUUUUUUCGUCCGAAAAAUGCUUAGAUAUUAACUAAACUAAGUUUAAAGAUCAGCGCUGCAAAAGCUCCCGAGGCAUGACGUCACUCCGUAAGCGGAGGAGUGGGAGUGCGGCGCGCAGAGAAGGAAGGGCGCCGUCCAGACGCCCGCGCGACCGCGGCACUCCUUUUCUCAAAGGCGUACCACCAUUGGCCGGUUACAGAAUGACGUUUCCUCGUUUUUCCAGAGAGGGAAAUAGGUGAUAUCGGUUCCGCGGACGUAAGCGCUCCGUUGCCUUGUCGCUCUUGUCAUGUAUUCCGCGGAAUAACAGUGAAACUACACCAGUAUUUCGCGUGGGCUUUUCGACCGCGGUCAGUGGUCCGCGAGCAAUUAAGUAACACACUAAUGACUUCAAUGGCGAAUUUCCUCUCGGCAAAGAUGGAGUUACCGCAUUACACAUAUGCUUCGCGGAAGACAGCCGCACGGUGGAUGUGGUCUAACAGAGCCACCCUUCCUUGCCACAGGGGUUGGUAACGCGCGAUGCGAGGUAAUCUCAAUACCAGAAGCAACGAUCCAACCUGUCAUCAGGGCAUGGCUUUUCUUGCUCAGCUGUCGAUUACUGGAACCCACAGAGGCAGAGUUGUCCGGAUGAAUCCGAAUUGCUUACGUACGUGCGUACGUUUUUUGGGGAUUUUUUCGGAUAAAUCCGAAAACCCGGAACCCUAAUAAUGACGCAUACGGCACUACAAAAUAUCUUGCACUGCAUGUGCGUGUGGUGCAAAGUCAGUCACUGUGUAGAUUACACGCUUGUGUGAACACUCGCAAACUCUGUAAAUAAACUUAGCAGCACCCCCGCGGUUUUAGAAUAAAAUGUGUAAAUUAUGAA